AUGUCUCUUGUAGAAUACGGUAGCAAUAUACCCACUAUAAUCGUGAACGAAUUCAAAAGGAUCUUUAGGGGUCUGCACGUAGGUUUAGAAAUCAAGGUUUCUAAUAAACACAGCAUUUUACAACUUUGUCAACCUGAAUUAUUUACUGGAAGUAAUAUCGACGAGCAAAUAUGUUGUAAUGUUAACCCUUCAGAAGAAGACCAAGCUAAAAUUUCAGGAAUGCUUGCUACAAAAGGCAUACUCUCUUUUAAAGUGAAAGACGGUGAACGUUAUCAUUACCUUGUGAUUACAUGGGUUGUCAAAACCGGUAUGAUGAGGGGGCGAAAUUCAUUAACAGUCUCCAUACAGAAUGAAAAACCGGAAAGAAAAAAUAGUCAAAAAUUACUUGAUAAGUUGCAUAUAAAAGAGAAUAGAAAGUAUCCUGGUGACACCAUUAAUCCAAUAAACGAUCAUUAUUGCGUAUAUGGGGGUAUUACUGACGG